AUGGGAAUGAAGGGCCGCUGCCAGUGCUCCAAGGUCGAGUUUACUACUCCAACCGACAAGCCUCUCGCGCUCUAUGCCUGCCACUGUACAGAAUGCCGCCACCAAAGCUCCGCCGCGUUUGGUAUCACCGCAGUCUUCCCCUAUUUUGACCUUCCAACAUCAGCAGCCGGUCUUGUCGGUAGCUAUACCCGUACGACAAUCAGAGGAAGACAGAUGGAAUGUAUCUUUUGCAAAAGUUGUGGAGCGAGGAUACUCCAUCGUUUCCAUGAUGCGAUACCGAUACCUGGGGAACAGCCUAAGCCAACUUCUUCAACCAAUGUUAAGGGCGGGUGUCUUGAGGGUUUAGAUAAAGAAAUGAUGAAAAGUAUUGUGCAUAUUUGGACGAAGCAUGCGAUUGUUGAUAUUCCUGAGGGGUUCGAAAAAUGGGACGAGGCACCUCCAAAGGCGAAUCCAUUGGAUCCAAGUCGUUGA